CUGCUGGUGCCUCAUAUGUUCGUCUGCCUUUAUGUGUCCUUCCGUAGCCUCAUUUGCAGUUUCUGGCAUCUGACACCACUGACAACAUGAAUCAAUGGCUGACGUCAUAGGUCCGGAGAACGAAGCAGACCUACAGGCUCAAAUUGAAGAGGUUGAGGCUCUGUCUUCUAUAUAUGGCGAUGAAUGGUGCGUUAUAGAUGAAGCAUCUCGAAUAUUUUGCAUCAAAAUAUCAAACGACUUGGAGGAGCCAGAGUUGACAGCACGUUUGCAGAUUAUUCUCCCGUCUGACUAUCCGAGCAGAGCUCCACCCAUCUACCAGAUCAAUGCUGCGUGGUUGCGAGGACCAGAGAGAGCAAAACUGGCAAACAGCCUGGAAGACCUCUAUGUCGAGCACGCGGGUGACAGCAUCCUCUACCUGUGGGUGGAGAAAAUACGAGAAUUCCUGCUGGAGAGGUGCCAGAGCUCAGAAACAGCGGCUCAGCCAGAGAUGGUGAACAUGACGACGGAGGAGGAAGACCACGAUGAAGACGCACCCGACUUCAGGACGCUCGGGCUGGACGCAGAACUCGCUCAGCUCCUCAUGGAUCCCUCACACGACGAGGAGGUGCCUCCAAUAAAACACGGGGACGCCAUCACGGACCGACGCAGCACCUUCCAGCCCCACUUAGCGCCCGUGGUGACUCCCAGACAGGUUAAAAUGGUCCUGGAGAAGCUGAUGGAAAACAAGAAGAUUGCUAGUGCCACUCAUAAUAUUUAUGCAUACAGGAUCCUCUGCGAGGACCGGGGCGGCUUCCUGCAGGACUGCGAGGACGACGGCGAGACGGCCGCGGGGGGGAGAUUGCUCCAUUUGCUGCAGAUUCUGGACGUGCGCAACGUGAUGGUGGUGGUCUCGCGGUGGUACGGAGGCGUUCUGCUGGGUCCCGACCGCUUCAAGCACAUCAACAACUGUGCAAGGAACAUAUUGGUCGAGGAGGGAUACGCUGCCUCCUCGGAUGAGGCGACCAAGCCGGGGGCCAAGACUAAGAGACCGAAAGGCAAGAAGACAAAAUGAACUUCACCAAAACAGACUUGUGUUCCGACACGUUUCCAGUUAGCUGAUUCACUGGCGUCUCAACAGAAGCAAGCAGCAAUUUCUUGCAAUUAGAAAUAAUUUCCUAUUUUAAUAGAAAUGUCUUUUUAGAACAUUUCCAAACGAGCAUGUCAAGUGUGCCAUUAGGGUUCCACCGUUUUGACUGGGACGCCUCGGAAUGAAAUGUUUACACUACAACAUUAACAUGCUUUCAUUAAAACAGUCAACCCAGAGGGAUUUACUGUAUGCAGACAA